AAACUGUAUAAUAUAAUCCGCCCCUCCCCCUCCUCGCCAUCGGGUAUAUAUAACUUGCAGCUCCAGCUUCUGUGUCUACUCCCUCUUUCCUACUGAAGAAGGCCCAUGGCUAUCGGGAGGCUUCGUGGAGAGCUCGAUCAGAACGACACAGACCUCACCGGUGUCAAGCGCAUGAGAUCGGUCCCUUCUUUCUCCUCCGCGUUCACGGAAGCUGUCGUCACCGUCCUUCGUAAAGUGGUGCAUGAGGAGGUUCACAGUCGUGUACUUCCUUAUGUGGCUUCACUGCAGAGGCCAAGCCAACUGCGUAUUGGGGAGGUGGAGGCGUCAUCGAACUGGCGACUCGUCUUCACGAGGCCAAUAUUACCCCAGAUCUACACCAAAAGCAAGGUGGAAGACCAAGACAACAGGCCGCUCCAAGUCAAACUUGUAGACACCCGGACUGGAGAGAGCCCUGCUCUCUCUCCUCGAUCGGCUUUGAAGGUGGAAGUGGUGGUCCUCAAUGGCGACUUUCCCUCACAGGACGACGACGACUGGACCGCCGAAGAGUUCAACAGGAACGUAGUGAAGCAACGGGAGGGAAGAGCGCAGCUGCUCGUGGGAGACCGCAAGGUUGCAGUAUGUGAAGGCAUGGCAUCUUUCGAGGAUCUCGAGUUCACAGAUAACUCGAGUUGGGUACGAAGCGGAAGGUUUAUAUUUGGUGUAAGAGUUGCUCCCGGGAGCUAUGAAGGACCGAGGAUUAAGGAAGCAGUGACCAAACCUUUCAAGGUUUUAGACCGCCGAGGAGAAUCGUAUAAGAAGCACAACCCCCCACGGUCUCACGACGAGGUGUGGAGACUCAAAAAGAUUGCCAAAGAUGGAGUCUUCCACAGGAGUUUGAGAGAUGCGAACGUGAGAACAGUGCGGGAAUUCUUGAGGCUACUGAACAACGAUCGGAACGCUCUCCGAGGAAUUCUAAAAGGCAUGACGGACAAGGCCUGGAAAGUAGCUGUAAGGCACGCAAUGACCUGCAGCCAUGGGGAAGACCAAUUCCCUCCUUGUCAGGGGCAUCAGCAGACGGAAACUGUCUCGUCCGGUGGACACUUUGCAAUGCAACAAGGUAAUUCUGCGACACAAGGUUUGCCAACAACAACAAGAUAUCAAGAAGAAAUAGUGAUUCCUCCAAACAACGUGCAAACAGAGUCCAGUAUGUUGAUUGAAGACAUUCAGUUUGACUUAUAUAAUGGUUUAAUAUCUUUCACAGGAUCUACCCAACUUGAUGUGGACUACCCAACUUGAUGUGGACAAACAAGAUCAAGCAACAACAUCUUUCACAGGAUCUUAAUUAGAAAGAAUUGACCGAGCAAGAACAUCAAGGUUUAAAUCUUGCUCUUUAGAUUCCUUUCAGUCUUGUAUCAGAUUUGCCUGUAAGAUAGCAAUUGUAAUUCCACAUGAUGAAGAUGUACGUAUUAUGAUGGAUCUAUAACAUAAUUUAGGCUUCUGAGUUGAAAGCAUGUAAUAAAAUUUAUGUUUCGGAAA